AUGGCAUCUCUCAAACUUCUUACCACUACCAGUCUCCUAGCUCCCCUCAUCUCUGCUCUCCCAGCACCUUUUUGGCAGAGCAAUCCGGUUCCUAAGCGAGUAGCGCCAAUUCCCCCUUUCAGAGUAACAGAAUUUGCUGCAGGGGCGGUGGUACUCAGCAACAGGAACUACAUCCACUUCACCCUCACGCUCUCCCUUGCCGAGCCCCCCGUCUACUGCCACGCCCUUGGCACAGUGCACAACGAAGCGAUUGGAAGUGUCCCGCAAACAUGGUGUACCAAACGACCUCUGGCCGAACUCGUUGAAGACACUUUCCUCGAGCCGGAACUGGCGACAGGGGAAGAGAUUAAGACACUAUACGAUCAUGAGGAACCUCAAGUCUGGUUCACAUUGACCGUCCAGGAUGAGGAGGAGAAACAGCCGUUGCCGAUCGGGAAUGAUACCAUCCUUGAUGUGAACAAAACCUCACAUGGGGCACUUAAUCGGCAGGCUAGUACCCUUGGAGGAACUCGUGUUAGGGGGAAAGGAGGCCCGGGGAAGCUGGGGGGAGCUGAGCUGCGAAUUGUCAGGCAUCUGCACGCGGGGAACGGGACGACCGUAUGGGAUGAAGCGAUACAUUAUAUUGAUGGGAAGGAGACGCCUUGGGUUGGGGAAGGGUUGCUGGCUCAUCAGGUGUAUGCUGGGCCGGAGGAGUUUUGGGUUCGGGCUUGGAGGUUUGAGAGUGUUGAGGCAUGA